CAAGUCGUGCCACCACUACACGUGGGAAGCACAACAACAACAACGAGAACAGGAACAGCAAGGAAGCAAGGAACACAGUGUCACGGAAGCACACACCACAUCACACACACACACAACCACCACCACAACACACAGCACCAUGCCGCCACCGCCUCGCAACAAGCGUCGGCGUCGACCACCACCGUCCAAGAGCGGAAAGGGAAGCGGCAGCUCGUCCAGCCCUGCGACACAAGGAGGUGCGUUUGAAGAGGAACUGGACUGGUGCAUUCGACAGCUGCAAUGCGGAUUUCGGCCCAAAGGCAGGAUGGACGCGGCCAAAGUGUUGCGGACGCUCAAGUCACCAAAGCAGAACAUUAUCCAGAAGCGGGCAGCCAUGAGCAAGGCGUUUGGGGACUACCGCGCCCUGAUGAAGAGCAACGAACAACCAAAGCAUGCUGCAGCACGUGAUGUGCAAAUCAAGAAGGUCACAACACGUGCCGGCACAUCCAACGAAGGCUUCUUCAGGCUUUGUCGCGCCAAGCGGGAGGCUCGACUGCGCCAACAACAACAACAGCAACAGCAAGGGCAGCAGCCAGCAGGCGCGCACGAGCAGACCGCAGAGGCUACUUCAAGCCAGACCCACUGCACACGUGCAGAGGGCACUGAUGACAGCAAUUACGUCGUUGGUGUUGCAAGUGGCGGUGAGAGCGACAAGGGGGACAGCGUGGAUGCCACCAAUGCGCAUGCAACAACAACCCCUGGUGCCACGUCAACAACAACGACGACGACGACAACGACAGCGACAACGACGCGUGCGACUGCUGCACCCGCGCCAACAGCUGGAUUUGCCUUCAACUUUGCGCCGUCACCAGCAUCCACAAUACCGCCUCCAGCCACAAAGGAGAAGCAAGGGCACGGAAGCCGGGACAAGCAGAGCAAGCAGCAGCAGAAGCAGCAGCAGCAACAAGAGAAGAUGAUGGCAGCAUCACCACCACGUGCUGACGGAAGUUGUCGUGCGAGAGCAAGCAGCGCGAACGCGCCAUCAGAACCACGGAUCACAUCACCUCAUGUUGGCUCGCGCAUGGAAGAGAAAGGCGCAGCGGAGACGAGUGGGCGUGCAAAGACAGCUCAUGCGGCAGACACACCGACGAUGAAGCAGCGUGUCACAGGCAGUCAGCCGGAAGGCAGGGGUGCUGGCACGGCUACUGGUGAAGCUGACAAGCAGCCACAGCCCACCCCACCAGUGCAACAACAACGACAACAGCAACAACAACAGCAGCAGCAGCAACAGCAACAACAACGGCAGCAGCAGCAGCAGCAGCGGUCACGCGCAGAGAGACACAAGAACAACAAGAAGAAAUCCCGUCGCCGACAGAAGAAGACGAAGCGGGAAGCGCACCAGGCGAAACACAAGCAACAACAAGAGCGACAACAAGAGCUACAACAACAUCAUCAUCAUCAUCAGCAGCAGCAGCAGCGGCAGCAGCCCGGUGUACCAGCCGAUGUUCGUGAACGGCAUGAAGAGGUCGAUGGCCCAUUGGAAGCGGAUGAGAUUCAAGGGUUCUUUCUCCGGCGCGCGAGCCGCAAACCGACACCAUCCCAUACAAUGGCAUCAUCGGCGUCAUCAUCUUCACCGUUGUCAUACACAGCACGGACGACAACGGGUGUAGCGCCACCACCGCUUGCUCGCCGCACGUUUGGGUUUUCGACAUUUGCGUCCCUGAAGCAACUUGAGGCGAAGGCACGCGAGAACGGGGCAGAUGCGAACCAGGGCAGCACCAGCAGCAAGGACGCGGCGACAGGGAGGAAGCAAAGCGGCAGGCAAGGUAGUGGUAGGAAGAAGAAGAACAACAACAACAACACAAAACAGAAGAACAAGCCGAAGCAGGCGAACAGCAACAGCAGCAACAACAACAACAGCAGCAGCGGCAGCAGUAGUAAUGCCGUUGCUGCCACCACCACCACCACCACCACCAGCAGCAGCGCUUCUACACAUGUCAACAAACCUGGACGGGGCUCUGUGUCGACGUUCAGCUUCAACUUCGGUGGCAGCGGCCAGGAUGGCAGGCAGGACGUGCCCGCCAAACCUGAAACUGCAGAUGGUGAUGGGAAGGACAAGGCAACACAGGACAUGGGUGAGGAGGAUGGUGACUCACAACAAGAUGAUGGUGUGAGCGCGAUUGCUGCUGGCAUUGCGACGUUCAGCUUCAACUUUGCUCCUCCCGCAGCAGCAAAGAAGUGAUGCGGCUGUCACUGUGACUGUGACUGCCACGCGUUUGUGCAUAUUCGUGCACUCACGUGAAUCGGCUUGUACUUUUUUGGUUGUAUGCAUCCGCGAUUGUGCGAGCAAGGUUGUGAUUUGUGGCUUGUGGUUUGUGGUGUGUGUGUGAAAAUGUGAGAGUGUGUGAAAGUGUGAAAGUGUGAAAGUGUGAAA